UCUUCCCUUGCCCUGGGCAGCCUCCGGUUGGGCCCGGUGCGCGCUUGCUGCCCCGGAGGGCGGCCCGGGCCAUGGCCGCAGCGACCCUGGUGAGCUGGGUGCGGCUCGGCCCUGACCUUGAUCCACUGCCGGGACUGCCCGCGCCGGCCUGGACGCGCCGGAGACUAAUGAAAAAGAUGAGAGGACGUUGCUGAAAUAAAGAUGAAGAGACGUGUGAAAAUUGAUGGCUGAUCGCGUGUAUGUUUCAUUUCCAUUUCCCAAACCGACUCUGAUUGCCCAGCUGGAGUGAGGGGAAGAACCCUGGUGCUCAGCUCCUCAGGGAGCUCUGGAUGGAGCGGGACCAAGGGGCAGCUCCGUAGGUCUCCCUCCUCUGACUGAGCCAGCCUUAUUUGUAUCUUGACCCUGGCCGGAUAUCCAUUUCUAAUGUCUGCUGGGAUCUUCCCUCUUGAGCAGGCAGGAGAGCCACUGAACUUGAAACUUCAAGAAGAGAGUCCAAGCCUAAUUCAGACAGAGAGUGUGCUGAGGAAAGUGUGUUCUUUUCCAGAGAGUGAUAAAGAACAUUUUAUUCUGAAAAAGGAAAUUUUUGAAGAAACACAGAACCUCAUGGUACUGUCAAGUGGACCUUGGUGGUAUGGCUCUCAGGGAUUCUGAUUUGAGAAAACCUGUGAAGAGAAGAAAAGCAGGUUAGGAAGAUGGCCUGGCUAUCCCAAUGGGAGAAGUAUGGAGGCUACAACAAAUGAUAUCAUAGAGGUGAUCGUCAAGGGUGAGAUGAUCUCAGUAGAAGAGAGUUCAGAGAAUACUAACACCAACAACCACCUUGAUAUACAUCAGAAUGUGAGUGAGCAGGUAUUCUAUGUAUGUGAAGAAUGUGGCAAGUGUGAGCAAAAUGAUGACUUUGAUCACCAACAGAGAACUCGUAAUGGAGAGAAGGUCUAUGGAUAUAAGGAAUGUGGGAAGGCUUUCAGCUUUAGAUCACACUGCAUUGCACACAGGAGAAUUCACAGUAGGGUAAAACCCUAUGAAUGUCAAGAAUGUGCUAAAGCCUUCGUUUGGAAGUCAAACCUGAUUCGUCACCCUGGAGAGAAACCCUUUGAAUGUAAGGAAUGUGGGAAGGGCUUUAGUCAGAACACAAGCCUUACACAACAUCAGCGAAUCCACACUGGGGAGAAACCAUACACAUGUAAGGAAUGUGGGAAAAGCUUUACUUGAAACCCAGCCCUUCGACAUCAGAGAAUCCAUACUGGAGAAAAGCCUUAUGAAGGUAGGGACUAGAAAGGCUUCAUGUGGAACUCUGAUCUUGCUCAGCAUCAGAGGGUCCACACUGGGGAGAAGCCUCACGAAUGUAUUGACUGUGGGAAAAACUUCAAUUGCAAGGCACACCUUAUCCGACAUCAAAGAAUACAUACCGGGUAAAGACCCUAUAAAUGUAAUGACUGUGGGAAGGCCUUCAGUCAGAAUUCUGUCUUGAUUAAACACCAGAGGCACCAUGCUAGAGAGAAACCCUAUAACUACCAGACCUCUCAUCUUCUUGAACAUUAGAGCGUGCAUAAUAGUGGUACUUGUUUAUAAUUCUUAUGCUAUAGGAACCUCAGAGACAAAUUGAGAUGACCUUCCACAAUUUGCUGUAACCCUAAUAGCCAGUAUUAUCCUGCCUCUGCUCCAGAACAAUACCAUGUACUGUAACAAGAUUAGAUCCCCUGUUCCACUGUGUUUAUACUAGGCACCAUUUAGUGGAGCACCUUUUCUGUGUCAGGUACUGUGAGAACCACCUUAUGUAUAUGCUUUAAUUUUCAUAACAAUCCUUAAGGUCGAUAUGUUCCCCAUUUUACAAAUGAGAAAUAUGAGUUUGAAAGACGUUCUAAAACCCAUUCAGUGUUGGGGUAGCACCUGUGGCUCAAAGGAGUAGGGUGCUGGCCCCAUAUACUGGAGG